AAGUCCGAAACACGGUAGCAGCUGUGCGUGGCGUCCUCUGACGGUUUGUGAGCGUUCGUGUCCCUCGCCCACCUUCCUUCUUUGGUCCCCGCGAUGCCGAUGUACCAGGUAAAACCCUAUCACGGGGGCGGCGCACCUCUGCGUGUAGAGCUUCCAACCUGCAUGUACCGGCUCCCCAACGUGCACGGCAGGACUGGCAACCCCGCGACCCACGCGGGCCACGUGCAGGAAACGUCUGACCCAUCUCUGCAAGCACUCGAGUCCCGCCAAGAUGAUAUUUUGAAGCGGCUGUAUGAGCUGAAGGCAGCAGUCGAUGGCCUCUCCAAAAUGAUUCAUACCCCAGAUGCGGACAUCGACGUAACUAACAUCCUGCCAGCAGAUGAGUCCCCAGCGGUGAGCACCAGUGCUCUGGACUUGAACUCAGUGCUUGGGAAGGAUUAUGGGGCAUUGAAGGACAUCGUGAUCAAUGCAAACCCGGCCUCCCCUCCCCUCUCCCUGCUGGUGCUGCACAGGCUGCUGUGUGAGCGCUACCGGGUCCUGUCCACCGUGCACACACACUCAUCAGUCAAGAGCGUCCCUGAAAAUCUUCUCAAGUGCUUUGGGGAACAGACCAGAAAACAGCCCCGUCAUGAGUACCAGCUGGGCUUCACUUUAAUUUGGAAGAAUGUGCCCAAGACUCAGAUGAAGUUCAGCGUCCAGACGAUGUGCCCCAUUGAAGGGGAAGGGAACAUUGCAAGGUUCCUGUUUUCUCUGUUUGGUCAGAAGCACAACGCGGUGAACUUAACCCUCAUAGAUAGCUGGGUGGAUAUCGCGAUGUUUCAGCUCAAAGAGGGAAGCAGCAAAGAAAAAGCAGCUGUUUUCCGCUCCAUGAACUCUGCCCUGGGCAAGAGCCCGUGGCUGGUGGGGCAGGAGCUCACCGUGGCAGAUGUGGUGCUAUGGGCUGUGCUCCAGCAGACUGAAGGCUGCGGUGCCGCCCCCGCCAAUGUGCAGCGAUGGCUGCGCUCGUGCGAAAACCUGGCCCCCUUCAGCACCACGCUGGCACUCCUCAAGUGAUACCAGCAAGUGCUCCUGUUGAACAAUGGUGCUCCUUCCACCUGUUGUCAGGACAGGGACUUGGAUUAGAACCAAGUGUUUUUACUUAGAUCAAUUGUCACAUUAUCAAUAAAAGCACCAUAAUUUAUGGGACUCGUUUUAUUGAACUUCAGCAAAAUAACAACACACACCAUGACUUCCUCUCCCCUUCCACCCAACUAUGUAGGGGGGCACUUUCCAGGGAUUCAAAAGUGGGUACACUGGGUUGCUGCCUCUGCUAGUGUUCCUGUGGUGGGGAGUGGGUUGGGUGGGGUGGGGAGGAGUAGCAAUGUAUAGGACCGUGGAAAAGGCAGGAAGGAUGUCUGCUGCUCUGAAAUCAUUCCCAAGUUCAUGGGCAUGGCUGUGAAUGGUACAGAAUUGGAAGACACAAAAUGGCUGAAUGUGGUACCCUGGGCUAAGAGGCUGAACUUUUGACUGGGUGCAAUGGCUUAUGCUUGUAAUCCCAGCUACUUGGAGGCAGGGAUCAGGAUAGUUCACAGCCAGCAAGAACAAAACAUUAACAAGACCAUCUCAACCAAUAGGCCUUACCUAUGCAGGAGGUAGAAGUAGGAAGAUCUAGUGCACAGCCAAUCCAAGACAAAGGCAAGACCCUAUCUGAAAAGUAAAGCUAAACAGGUGGAUGCAAGGCCCCAGGUUAUCUUAGAAGUGCACAGAGCAGCCGAAGUUUUGAAGUGACUGUUUCUGGAAAGUGGCUCUGACAGCAGCGUGAAAGGAUUGGAAGCCUGGUAGCUGUCAGAAUGGGGACCUGUUAUGGGCUGUGACAGGGAGGAAGUAUAAUGGACUUGCAUAGCAGAAUCUUCUGGAGGGUUCUUAAGUGUUUAAGGACAGCA